UGAGAGUUGAUUAAACUGAUUCUGAACAGCUGUUCUGGAGCCGAAAGUGUCCUCAGGUGAGUGUUCCAGCUCAGGCUCAGGCCAACUCUGAGAUUGGGAUCAGGCUCAGAGUUUGUUGAGCCUGCCUCCUGAAGACUCACAUCCAGCUGCUGCACAGUGCGACACUGAUUCAUUCACUCACCGUGUCAUACGUUCUGGUUACUAGGAAACCAUUCAUCUCUAGAAAUAAUGUACCUGUAUAUCCUCGGACUGGUGGCCUCCUGGCUCAUCUAUCGCUGGUACAAGGAUAGAAAAAGAGUGCCCAACAAGGAAGAUAAAUACGUCUACAUCACUGGCUGUGACUCUGGGUUUGGUAAUCUCCUGGCGACACACCUGGACAAGCUGGGCUACAAUGUGAUUGCAGCGUGUUACACUGAGAAGGGUGAGGAUGAGCUGAAGAAGAUCUCCUCUGACAGACUGACAACCAUUCAUCUGGAUGUCACCGACUCCGAGAGUGUCGGCAAAGCUGCCGCUUUCAUCAGGACUCUGGUUGGACAGAAGGGUCUGUGGGCUGUGGUAAACAAUGCAGGAGUUGCUCAUCCGUCUGGCCCCACUGACUGGCUCAUUGUAGACGACUACAAGGCCAUGCUUGCUGUCAAUCUGUUUGGUGUAAUCGAUGUAACACUGAGCGUCCUCCCUCUCAUCAAGAAGGCCAGAGGCAGAGUGGUCAAUGUCGCCAGUGUGUUUGGGCGAGUCACCCCGUUCGGUGGACCUUACUGUGUGUCCAAGUAUGGCGUGGAGUCCUUCAACGACAGCCUGCGUUUGAACAUGGCACCAUUUGGAAUCAAGGUUGCAGGCAUUGAGCCAGGCCUCUUCAAAACAAAUGUGACUGAUGGAGGGGCGAUGCAAAGUAACCUGCAGAAGCUGUGGGACAGAUUACCUCAGGAUGUGAAGGACGACUAUGGACCAGAUUUCUUGGGAAAAUCUCUUGGAAUAUUGGUUCAGAGGUUUAGGAUGCUGACUGACAGCGACCUGAUGAAGGUGGUAAGCUGCAUGGAGCACGCCAUCUCUGCCGUUCAUCCUCGUACUCGCUACCUACCUGGAUGGGAUGCAAAGUUCUUCUGGUUGCCUUUGUCGUACAUGCCGACCUGCAUCACAGAUAGCCUUUUUCGUAAAAUGAUCCCAGGAGUAACACCUAGAGUGUCUUCACUUCAGUGUGUGUCAAAAUAGAUCAGUUGUUUUAAAAAGAAUUUGGGCUAACCUUAAGAUCACUGAUGUGUCUUAUUAUUUUUCAUGCAAUACGUUUUUGCGUAUGAAGAAUUACACCAUUUAUAGCAUCAUAUAAACAUUUUCUGUAUUAUAAAACAUGUUUGGCUCUUCAUUAUGUUUUAAGCUAUGUCAAAUUUGGCUUUGAGUUAUUCAAAUGAAGCAAAUAUAUUGUCUGCCUCUAAGUCC